AUGGGGGCCAAUGACCAAGCCGACCCUCGUGAUACCCAUGAUACCUCUGCGAAAAGGCACACUCCCCAGGCAUAUCCCUUGUCAGGAUAUUACAAAUUGGUUUUGAAUGCUCGCUCUCUUUAUGAGGCUCGUGCGCCGACAGAACGAACGACUACCCCUCAGAGCGAGGAGAAGCCGAAUCCCACGUCGCCGACCGAAGUGGAAACACCACAAGAUAAAAUGGCAAUUGUGUUCGGCACACGUCUUGCAGGACCGGGCCGUCAGUCGCGCUACAAUCCUGGUGAGGCACCGCCAGAGUCUAUGUGGAAGACCGUCAAUGGAGUACCCAUUCCACCCCGGCCCGACGAACCGGACAACUGCUGCAUGAGUGGCUGUGUUCACUGCGUUUGGGAUGACUUCCGAGACGAAAUGGAGGAAUGGGCGGCAAGAAUCGAGAACGCCAGGGCCAAGACGGAUACCGAGAAGGGGACAAUGGACAUGCGCGCGACGCCCAGAAAGGAGGUUGAUUCAGCGAGCCAGAGUAUGGACGACGACGGCGGUGGGAGUGAGGCCAACUGGACAGCGCAAUCUCAAGGUGAUGAUUUGUUCUCCGGUAUCCCAGUGGGUAUUCGAGAGUUCAUGAAGACGGAGAAGAGAUUGCGAUUGAAACACCAGAAAGAAGCUUCGGCUUGA